UGUAAUUAGUACUCGCUACUCGAGCCAAACAAGAAAUUUUACCGGGAAAAUUUAAAAUAGGAAAGAAAGGCGCUUGGGGGCGGGAUCACAUAUGUAUAAGUAAAGAUAGGUCAAGUGACCCAAGUCACUCUCCUCAUCGUCUUUCCCUCCUAAUCGUCUAUCUACCGAUUUCAGCUUCAGGAGCUUUUCGUUUUCUCUUUAUUUAUUUAAUCUCUUUUUAUGAACCCUAAAACCCAGCGCAUACAAGUUUCCAAGUAUACUGCUGUAUACAGUAUACCAGAGCUUUUAUCACCAGUUUGAAGUUGUGAGAUGUUGAGGUAUUGGAUAUAGUUGUUGUUACUAUCAACAUUUAAUGCGCAGGAAAAUCACCCACCAAGUUGGCCUUAUUAAACAAGAGAAAUCUUAAGUCUUUCUUGUUUGAUAUGUGUUGAUUGGCUCUUCAAUUUAUGGGUAGUAUGCUUGAAGCCCAGCUCAUUGACAACACAGGUUUUCAGGCGAAAGACGAAGUUCUUGAACCAAAUUGUGUGACCUCAUGGGGUCUUGGCUCUCAUCCUGAUGUAGAGGCCUUGUUAAACAUAAAAGAAAGAGACCCAUCUGAUACUCGUGAAGUUCAUGCUAUUAAGAAAUCAAGUGGUGCUUCAGAGAAUGGGAGUUGUAAUGCUCCCUUGGAGCAAAAGGACCCUAUGAAAGUGUGGCAAGAAAUGAAAAAGAAUGGUUUCCUCUCACUACCUGCAUCUCAACCAAUACUAAAAAAGCAUGUUAGGAAGUGCACAAAUGACAUGGCUAAAACUGAAAUGCUCAGUAGAAAAAUGAAAGUUGCAAAGAUAGAACAAAUUGACAGGUUCCCUAAGGUUUCUGCACCAAGUGGGUUGCUUGAUGAUCUGAAUCCAGGGAUUAUAAACCGCUUAAGAAACCGUAAACAGGUUUAUUCAAUAAUUCAGGCCUUGGUUAGAAGCGUGGAGUUAGAAAAUACUCAAAGCAAGCAGCAAAUGCUGUUUAGAGAGGAAAUUAAGGAUUGUGAUCUGAAUGAAUGUUCAAAUGCUCUACCAUGCGGCAGUCAAGUCAGUGGAUGGCCCAUGUACCCAACUAGGCCUAUCCACAUGGAUUCAGAAAAGAAAGUAGGGGUUGAUGAUUUGAGUGUAGCUUCGAGAAAGAGUCAAGAUCACAGGAAUGAUAAGGAAGAAGUAAAGUUGCGGUCAUCUGGUACUACAGUUUCAGAGAAUGCAAACUCUGCUGAUGAAACCAUGUUGACAGAGAAUAUAAACUCUCAGGAAGAGUCAGAAGAUAAUGGAGUGGUUUCUCCUUUUGAUCCCAAAGAACAUCUUCAACUGAUUUAUAUUUCUUCUUGCUUCCGAAUUGCCAAUCUAGCUUCUCAAUGGUUGGGACUCCUUUGCCGGGAUAUUAGAGGGCGCCUUGCAGCACUAAGACAGAGUAGGAUGAGGGUUAAGGAUGUACUCCAGAUAGAACUGCCUUUACUGAUAUCGGAAGAGUUCUCACCAAUCAAAGAAAAUGAACAAUUUUCUGCUCCCGAAUCUUCCAUGAGCAUAAUUCUUCACAUGCAUCAAGCAAGGUGGACUGCAUUGUUUGAUCAGAUGGAUAAAGUACUUCACGAAGAAAUGAAUCGUCUUGAGAUCUGGUUGAACCAAGUAGAAGAAGUGCACUUAUUGCAUAGGCAGCGUGUGCCUCAUGCUGAUUGGUAUUCAAGAAAUGAUAUCAGCAGCAGCAGCAAGGCAUAGCAGAGUUUAAUACCAGGGAGGGAGGAAUGGGAUAAUUUGGUUCCUUUAGAUACAUGUGAUUAAGUUAAUGGUGGAAUCAAUUUUUGCCCUUUGUAAAGUCUUGGCGAUUGCACGCUAGACUAGGUUUUACCUUGCCUUAAAAAGUCAACGAGUUUCCCAUUCACAGGUUGCCAUCUUCUUCUGGGUAAGGCCUACAUUGUUUUCUAUCCUGGUUAACUUGAAUAAGUACUCAAGUCUAAUCACAAUGACAUUGCUUCAUACUUCAUCCCUUUGUAUUUUGUGGUGUAGUAAUCUCAUUGAUCUGUAUUCAAACUACCUUUCAAGUAUAAUGCUAUUCAAAAUUAUA